UAGAUCCGAUGUCAGCCAUAACUAUAAUCCAAAGCUAAUGUUGUCAAUAACUUAGCCAUACUCAUUUUUGGAUGAGAGUGCGUGGCCUAGCACAUGUCCACACAUUGUUAACAUCACAGUGUACUAGCCAUCUACUGUUCAGAACAGUUGACUUUGAUUGAUCACCGCCCGUGACAAUUCCAUCAUCUUAAAUCAGGGAUUCUCUAUAUAUUCAACUGUUGGGCCGUCCACUACAUCUAUGUAACUCAGAGUUAUGCGUCAGGAGCAGGGAUUAAUCGCCUACAGUAGUUAUUAAUCUUGUUGUUUUGUUCUUCAGAAAUCAGGAGGAGAAGCCAUGAUGCAGAAAUAUCUGUGGAUACAGAUUUUUGUGUUGCUCUCGAGCUUCUCCUUCUCGGUUGAGACGGAUUACGCCUCCAUUUUUAGCUUCGGAGAUUCCUUCUCCGACACCGGCAACAUCGUCCUCAUCUACGGUCCGGCGAGAACCGACCUCGUGAUGACCAAACCGCCGUACGGAAUGACAUUCUUUGACCAUCCCAGCGGCCGCCUCUCCGAUGGAAGAUUGAUCAUCGAUUUCAUCGCCGAAGCGCUGGGGCUCCCUCUGCUUCCGCCGUCGUUCGCGGCGAACCGGAGCUUCGAGCAUGGCGCCAACUUCGCGACGGCCGGCGGCACGGCGCUGGACCGCGCGUUCUUCGUGGCCAACAACUUCACGGUGAUGUCCCCGUUCAACAUCUCGCUCGGCGACCAGCUCGGGUGGCUCGACGGCAUGAAACCGUCGCUCUGCGGCUGCAAGCCAGGUGGGUGCGAGGGUUACUUCUCCGAGUCCCUGUUCUUCGUCGGCGAGCUCGGAUGGAACGACUACUCCGCCGUGCUGCUCGCCGGCAGGGGCGUCGACGAGGCGAGGUCUCUCACACCCCGAGUCGUCGGAACCAUCCGCGCGGCCACACAGAAACUCAUCGACGGCGGCGCGAGGACGGUGUUCGUGUCGGGAAUCACGCCGAUGGGGUGCUCGUCAGCGAACCUCGUGCUGUUCGCGGGCUCAAGCGAAGCGGACUACGAGCCGGACACCGGCUGCCUGAGGAGCCUGAACCUGCUGUCCAUGGAGCACAACCGGCAGCUACGCCACGCCCUGGCGCAGCUCGGCGGCGCGAGGAUCAUCUACGGCGACUUCUACACCCCCCUCGUCGAGCUCGCCGCGACGCCGCGCCGCUUCGGGAUCGACGGGGAGGAGGGCGCGCUGAGAGCUUGCUGCGGCAGCGGCGGUGGGCGGUACAACUUCGAGUUCAACAUGAGCGCGCAGUGCGGCAUGGCGGGGGUGACCGUGUGCGGCGACCCGUCGGCGUACGUGAACUGGGACGGCGUGCACCUCACCGAGGCGGCGUACCACCACGUCGCCGAUGGGUGGCUAAGGGGGCCGUACGCGAACCCGCCCCUACUCAGCUCGUCGUGUUCGGCGCGAGCGCGAUAGCCGCGGCGAGUUGAGGCCUUCUCCCUUCUUCGGCGUGGGCCUUCUCGUGGUCGUCUCUUUACAUGUUGGUAGUAGGAAUAAGUUCACUCCAGGUCCCUCAAUUUGUCGCCCAGUCUGAUUUUCAUCCUCAGUGCAGAAAACCGGAUACAACACAUCCCUUAACUUAUAAAACUGUACAGAAGAGGUCCCUCGACAGUAUUGUGGCCGGUUUUGGAUGAUGUUGCAUA